AUGCAGGUGAACGUAAAAGCGGUGUCUGAUGCACUUGAUGGCCUGUUGGCCGAAAAGGAACUUAACAGCGGAGCGCUUCGACAAUGGCAAAACCCAGCCAUCAUUCAAAAGCGUCAGCCGCCUCCUUCGCAACAGGCUGUGAGUGAUAGUCGGACGAACGGAAAUCCACAGACGCUCCUACCGCAUUCCAGCGCAAAAAUAACAAAGUUGGAAAGUACAGAUAAAAAAACUGAGGGCGAGGUUAAAAAUGAUGCACCCAAAUAUUUUAAGAAGCCAGAAACCCCCCAACGGAAUGCGUCUCUUCAUUCACCUCCUGUGCAUAACGACGAAGCUGACGUUGCGCUUAAUUCGGCAGCAGCAAAAAUGAAAAGACCAUCAUCCCGUACUUCUCGUUCUCAAAAGCGUGGCAGCAGCCAGAAGGACCGUGGUUUUUCAUUCGCAGGCUCCACUGACGUGCAAAAAGUAUUCAGGCAGUUGUGCUCCGCGGAAAUCAUUGCGAUCAAAUCGGUUGAGGCGUCUGGCCUUGGUGUCGGGUCUGUUCUUGUGACUCCUCAUAAUGUCGGCAAGCGAAUCGAGAAGGCGCAGCUUCCUUCCAAAAGCUGGGUGACCAAUACCGCGUUAACUCCUUCCGCGUGCGCUGUUCUGGAAGUAGAAAAUUUCGAUCAAACACUGCAAGAACAUAUUCGGUCUUCACCACCCCUGCAGGACACGAAAGGCUAUCCAACAAGAAACUCUACCAUGAUUUAUCGAGAUGUAAAAGUCGUUCUUUACGUUGAGGACAACAUGGAGCUGUUUCGUGGCGGCGGCAAUGACACACGCAGUCAAUCUCCAUCUACGCCUUUGCCGUAUUGCGUCACAGUCGAAACGUCAAAUUCACAGCAUCGCGGUUUUAUUUCAAUUGGCGACCAGCUGCUGUCACCCAAUAAUUUUGUCUCUUUUUGUGUCCCAGGGACGUUGCUAAAUGCAUUUAUCCGCGUAACAGUGAAACCGUCCGAGCAACAGCGGCCCGCAGCCAAGUUAAUUAGAGUGCGGACUCUUUGCAUAUGCUGGGGCGAUACGUGGACGUCGAAGACGUUGGAGCCGGGGCAGCCUUCGAACUCACUGGAAGAAGAGGUGGAAUCGGUGUUGAGAGAGUACAGCCGAAAAAGCGAGAGCUUGUCUUCUACCGAAAGAGUGAAAGACGUUCCGAGCCCUUCGCAUCUGGAGCAGUCAGCACAGCAACAAGGUGACAGUCUACCCGAAAAGCGGCAGCAGAAUAUCAGCCGAGACAACUCGGCUAAGCCAGCUCCUAUGGAAUCUUCUGAGAUUAUUAGAGUUGCUGAUUUUGUGAAGAAUGUUGCCUUGUCGAAUCUCCAAAGCGGCGCAGCUUCAGCGCGCAAAAAGGAGGAAGACGACCUUUUUCAUGGUACGUGCGCGUACAACUGGUUCUCAGACCAGGUUGAACUCUGCCAACGGGAGAAAUCGUUUUUCUCUCCCGCAAAUCAUGCAAAGAAAACGGGUGGCGAUGAGGGCGAAACCAGCGCAUCGACGGCUUCUGCGUUGUCGGAGUACAUUGAAACGCUCCAGGCAUGGAACAACGUUCCGUUGUGGGAUGUUGCGGAAGCCGUAGAAUUUUGUCUGUCACAAACCACGUCCUUCUCUGCGAGCACCAUCUCGUCAGUGGAGUUAUUUAGCGGACUUGCGGCGUUUCACUUGGCACAGCCAUUUAAAGUUCAUUUUCUUUUUACAGCUUCACACGAGGCACACGAAGAAAGCGGUAAAUCGGCCGUUCCGUUAGGUGCGACGCCGCCACCGCUUCAUUGCCUUUCGUCGAUCGCAAGUCAAGCGGCAUCCCUCGGUUUCACAUCUGAAUUGCUUUUUAAAAGCAACAUUUUCGGCAGCUUUGGAUGUGUGUUGCGACCAGAAAAUGCUGGUGUCAACUCCACGGAAGACCGAUGCAAGCUGAUCUUCGUCAUCCCCUCAACCCGACAAAGUGCCUCCCUGGCAGACACGGCGGAAGUUGUGACAUUUGUAUUGCAAGCAGCGCUGAGAAUCUUUCGAAAAUCCGAGAGUGCUUCUCAACAAUCAGGGAAACAACUCCCCGGAAGAUUGUCGCCUUUUGUUUCCAAAGCUGGACUGGCGCGGUCUCCUUACGGUGUUCUCAGAAUGUUUGUCGACGGAACGGAUUGUUUUGAGAAGCUGACUUCAAUUCUGGCUGAGUGGUCAGACGUGGCCGGACCUGUCCGUUAUUAUGGCGAUGCCUCACAGCCGCUGCUAAAAAUGCUGCUGACACCUUUUCAAUUCGCAGGGCUGGGAAGCACCGCAAGUUCCGAAGAGAAGCGAGAGGAUUACAACGCCGACGUACAGUGGUCACGCCUUCAUAUUAAGCUGAUAGGGUCAUGGAAAGACUCGUUUAACGCACGACAAGAAGUGGAGAAGAAGACGGUGGCAUUGGAGUUGCAGGCAGAUGCUUCUGCAACUUUUGUUUGGCAGUCGAAGUCGCGGGGAUCCACGUCGUUGCGGCUGCUCUUAACCGAUAGUCACCUGCUUGAAGGAGUUUACGCCGUUGACGGGCUAAUAUUGCCCUCUCUCGUAACAAACCUAGUGAGCAAGUACGCUGACACCCCUCCUGUCGCUGUUCUAUGUGAAGCCCCUUGGAGGGAGCUUCUGCAAUCUGCUGAGAAACUAAUUAAUAUUGGUAGCACUGUUUCCAGUACUGUCGCCAGGGAUUCUUUCACAGCGUUUGUAGCCUUACGCCGCCGCGUUACAAUCUCAUUUGCUUUUCACAUUCUCAGCACAGCUUUCAAGCGAGGGUGGGAACGUGUGGGAGUUAGCAUACCGGAGUUAUGCGCGCGUUUUCUCCCUUCUGCCGCAGCGUGGGCAAACACAAAAGUCACGACGGCAAGAAAUACCAUGUCAGUGGAUUGCCUUUCGAGGACGAGCUUCUCAUUGCUCGACGAGGAGGCGUUCAUGGACACACUUGUGCAGUGGAGUUAUGCUUUUCCUCGUGUGGUGAUGAUGCAUUGCACAAGCGUGUUUGGCUCAGCGGCACCCCUGCCGACGAAUAACAACGCAGAGAUUUCCUCCACUCAAGUUUUGUCUCGCAACGAUAGUGGCGUCGCGUCUCUGUUUUCCCGUGAAACAUUGUGCAAGUUCUCAUCCGUGCAAUCUUUAGAAGAGGCUCUGGCUUAA